CUAGUAAACGCGCUUUGUUUGCAUUUCACCAGCACCCCCUUUUCGUUCAAACUUCAAAUUCUCUAUUUCUUUCAUUAUCGUGCCGGCUAAGCUAAUUAAAUCGCAGAUCUCUCUAUAAUACGUCGCCGUUUACUCUCCCGAGUUGUCAGAUCCAGUUGAUCUGAGACUGACAGCUAUCUUCUGCCGUCUGUUAUUUGUUUAGCUUUCAGAAAUGGAGAACUUGAUUACUUUGGUUAACAAAAUUCAAAGAGCUUGCACGGCUCUCGGUGACCAUGGAGAAAACAGUGCGUUGCCAACUCUUUGGGACUCUUUGCCGGCGAUUGCCGUUGUCGGUGGUCAGAGUUCAGGAAAGUCUUCGGUGUUGGAGAGCAUUGUUGGCAAGGACUUUUUACCUCGUGGAUCUGGGAUUGUUACGCGGCGUCCUCUGGUUUUACAGCUCCAUAAAAGCGAUGAAGGAAGUAGAGAAUAUGCUGAGUUUCUUCAUCUCCCUAGAAAAAGAUUCACUGAUUUUGCGGCUGUGAGGAAGGAGAUUCAAGAUGAGACUGAUCGAGAGACUGGCCGCAGCAAGCAAAUUUCCAGUGUGCCAAUUCAUCUUAGCAUUUAUUCUCCGAAUGUUGUCAACUUGACUCUGAUUGAUCUUCCUGGGCUCACAAAAGUCGCAGUUGAGGGUCAACCAGACAGUAUUGUGCAAGAUAUCGAGAAUAUGGUUCGCUCCUACAUUGAGAAGCCAAACAGUAUAAUUCUUGCAAUUUCGCCUGCCAAUCAAGAUCUUGCCACAUCUGAUGCAAUCAAAAUCUCCCGGGAAGUAGACCCUACAGGUGACAGGACAAUUGGGGUCCUUACAAAGAUUGAUCUUAUGGAUAAGGGUACUGAUGCAGUUGAUAUAUUGGAAGGAAAGUCUUAUCGGCUAAAAUUCCCAUGGGUGGGUGUUGUGAACCGAUCACAAGCUGAUAUCAACAAGAAUGUUGACAUGAUUGCUGCUCGGCGUAGAGAGCGUGACUAUUUUAAUAGUAGCCCGGAUUACAAGCACCUUGCACACAGGAUGGGUUCUGAGCAUCUAGCAAAAAUGCUUUCAAAGCAUCUGGAAACUGUAAUCAAAUCCCGAAUCCCAGGCAUCCAAUCGCUUAUUAACAAAACAAUUGCAGAGCUAGAAUCUGAACUGAGUCGUCUUGGAAAGCCUAUAGCUACUGAUGCAGGAGGAAAGCUAUAUAUGAUCAUGGAGAUUUGCCGUCUUUUUGAUCAAAUAUACAAGGAGCAUCUUGAUGGAGUGCGUCCUGGUGGCGACAAAAUUUACCAUGUCUUUGAUAACCAGCUUCCUGCUGCUCUCAAAAGGUUGCAAUUUGACAAGCAACUUUCAAUGGACAAUAUUAGGAAGCUUAUUACUGAAGCUGAUGGGUAUCAACCUCAUUUAAUCGCUCCUGAACAAGGAUACCGCCGGUUGAUCGAGUCUACCUUGGUUACUAUCAGAGGUCCAGCUGAGGCAUCUGUUGAUGCGGUCCAUGCUCUAUUGAGGGAACUGGUUCACAAGGCUAUUAGUGAGACUGCAGAGUUAAAGCAGUAUCCUGCUCUCAGAGUAGAGGUCGGAAAUGCAGCUAUUGAGUCACUAGACAGAAUGAAGGAGAUGAGCAAGAAAGCAACACUUCAGCUUGUUGAUAUGGAGAGUAGUUAUCUGACCGUUGAUUUCUUCCGAAAGCUUCCUCAGGAUGUUGAGAAAGGCGGCAAUCCAACACAUUCAAUUUUUGAUAGAUACAAUGAUUCUUAUCUGAGGCGAAUUGGAACGACAGUUUUGUCUUAUGUCAAUAUGGUCUGUGCAACUCUGCGGCAUUCUAUUCCCAAAUCCAUUGUUUAUUGUCAAGUACGUGAGGCUAAACGAAGCCUUCUUGACCAUUUCUUCACGGAGUUGGGUGCAAUGGAGCAAAAGCGAUUGUCAUCACUAUUGAACGAAGAUCCAGCAGUCAUGGAGCGACGCAGUAGCCUUGCUAAGAGGCUGGAGUUAUACAAGAGCGCACAAGCAGAAAUUGAUACAGUUGCUUGGUCAAAGUAGAUUCGCAACAUUUUUGCGGUCCCUUUUUAGCUCACCCAAUUUGGCUGGCUUGACGACGUUGUCAUUCUUUCAUUUAUGACAAGAAGCAAAAUACUAGGGAGGAGGUGG